AUCAGGUCGCUCGCUCUCUCUCUCUCUCUCUCUCUCUCUGCAAAUGUGUGCAGAUUUUCUUUUGGUCUGAGGGGAAAAAGAAGAGAAAUGACUGAAAUUGUUGGUGGAGGAGAUCCUUCGCCCUCUGUUACAUCAGAAGCAUCAAAGAAUAGCAGUAGUGGGUUCGAUGCGAAUCGAAUUGCUGAAGUGAAAUCAUGGCUUGAAUCCCAAUUCAGUGCAGUUGGAAAAGAAGUCCCUGAAUUUGAGUACACCCCUAGAAGCAUUGCUCAUUUGCACAACAUUGCCACCAUUUCCCAAGCCAAAACUCAAGCUGCUUCUAUUGUUGCCAAUGACUUUCGCCAGAAAGCAACCGAAUAUCGCGCCCAAGCUGUGAGGAUACGAGAGAUAUUGGAGCAUGUGGGUUUGGCUCAAGAGAGUUUACCAUCAAAUGUGGUGUCCUCUGCACAAGUUCUUGCCAGUGUAGCUGAUUUACUGAAUAUUAGAGAUACUGAAUUAAGUAGUUUCCUUGUAGCAAUGGCAGAUCUUUCCUUAAGGAAAACUGCUGUAGAAGAGAAGAGGUCUAAAGUGCAGCAGGAGUCAAAAGUACUCCUCGAUUUUACUCGCAAGGCAAUCUCAAGGUUGACUUAUUUAAAAAGAAUACUUGCACAACUGGAAGACGAUAUAGCUCCCUGUGAAGCAGAAAUGGAAAGUCGCAGAACAAAUUUGGCUAUUAUGGACUCGAAAGAGCGCCAGUAUGAGAAACAGUAUUCUAACUGCAAGGCGAUGCUCAAUCGUGUGGGAUACAGUCCAGAGAUAAGUCAUGGAGUUUUGGCCGAAAUGGCAGAGCAUAGAAAGGAAUUGGAGAGAAAAACAAAACCUAUACUUGACACCUUGAGAAGCUAUCAAGACUUGCCGCCUGAUAAAGCAUUGGCUGUAUUAGCUAUUGAGGAUAAAAAGAGGCAAUAUGCUGCCGCCGAGAAGUACCUUGAAGAAGUCUUGCAGUCUGCUCUGGCUUCUAGCGGGUGACUUUUAUGUGUAUGUUCCCAAAUGAAUUGCUUAUUAAGUUCUAUUUGUUUUUAAAUAGAGGGAAAGGACUGCUGUUUUGUUCUGUAAAGGUGUUUUUAAUCGUAUUAUGGGAGAAGCUGUGAUUGAAUUGAGAUAAUUCAUGUCAAAUGAUUAGAAAGAUGCACAGUAUGAAAGUAAAGAAAUCUUUACUGCAAUGAAAUUGUGUAUGCUUCAUGAUUA